UAAAAAAACAAUAGAAUAGUUUUGGAAGAGAUCUUAUGGAAACAACACAGAGACACAAGGACGACGAGGAAGAGGCUCAGAUCCCGAAAACAGAGUUUGAAACAUCUUCUGAAGUUGAGUCAGACAAAAAAGCAGAGAGAUCCACCACCAAACUUGACAAGCAAGCUAUUCCCAAGAAAAGUCCUAAUCUGACCAAGGAGGAGAAGACAAUAAAGGAUAGUUUCUUUUAUUGCUGCCAGAAUUUCUUUACACUUCCCGAGAUGAUCGAUUACAUGAAGGUGAAUCACGGUUUGCCAAAGACCACUGUGACCAAUGUUUUCAGGGAACUUUUAACCGGUCGUAAUGGUGAAUCUUAUCUGAGAGCUUCACAGAGAAGAGCUCUUCAGAGGAGUAGUAAUGGUACAACAAGUAGUACUGUAGGUUCUUCUUCGUCGACUAAGUAAUGCUUGUUUUUAUUUUAUUUUAUCAAACAGUAAUGCUUCCUUUUUUAAGUUCCAAAAAAGGAAAGUAAUGCUUGCUUUACUUUUUUAGAUUAUGAUAUCCAGAAACUCUUUUUUUUUAUUGUUUGAUUCGAUUUGGAUUUUUGUAAGGUUUUUGUUUACAUUUUAUUAUGGAUUCAGUUUCAUAUU